AUGGCGCUGGGCCGGGCCGGGACGGCGGCCGCGCUUCCGCUGCUGCUGCCGCGGCGGCCCGCGGGCACCGGGGCGGCGGCGGCGGGCGCGGAGCCCCCCGGGGCCGUGGUGCGCGUCCCCUGGGCCCUGCGGGUGCGCCUGCAGCGAGGGGCGCAGCGCCGGCGGCGCGGGCACGGGGAGGCGGCGACGGCAGCGCGUCCCGGGAAGCUGCUGCUGCGGAGCCGGCGGCCGGAGCUGAGCCAGCCCCGCUGGCAGACAGUGGGGCGCUGGGAGCAGCCACCGCUGGUGUCAGCGGGCUGGAAGCACAGGAAGGCGUGCGGGGAUUACUUCCAGCUGGAGCCCUCGCAGGAGGCGGCCCCCGCGCUGCAGGCGCCACCAGCCGAGGCGGGGCAGGGCCCGACCUUCGCCGAGCUGGGGCUGCAGCCGGCGCUGCUGGCCGGGCUGGAGCGGCUCUCCAUCGGCCGCCCCACGGCCGUGCAGCGCCUCGCCAUCCCCGCGCUGCGCCGCGGCCGCAGCGCCCUGUGCGCCGCCGAGACCGGCAGCGGGAAGACCCUCGCGUACCUGCUGCCGCUGCUGGACGGGCUGCUCGGCCGCCCCGAGGGGCCGGCGGCGCCGGCGGGGCCAGCGGCGCCCCGCGGGCUGGUGGUGGUACCGUCGCGGGAGCUGGCGGCGCAGGUGGGCGCGGUGGCGGCCGCGCUGUGCGCGCCCGCGGGGCUGGCGGUGCGCGGGCUCACGGGCGGAGGGGCCGCGGGAGGGCUGCGCAGGCAGCUGCGGGCGCCGCCGCCGGGCCCCGCCGUGCUGCUCGGCACACCGGGGGCGCUGCGGGAGGCGCUGCGCCGGCGCUUCCUGGCCCUGGCGAGGCUGCGCUGGAUGGUGCUGGACGAGGCGGACACGCUGAUGGACGACUCGUUCACGGAGCUGCUGGAGGAGAUCCUGGCACACGCGCCGCUGGCCGCUGGAGCCCCCAGGCCGUCCGGACCGGCGGAGGAGAGGACCCAGGUGGUGGUGGUCGGAGCCACCUUCCCUGCGGGGCUCAGCGAGACGCUGGCGAAGUUCACAGACGUGAGCAGGUUUGUCACCCUCACCACCCAGUGCCUGCACCACCUGCCGCCUCACGUCCAGCAGAAGUUCAUCCGCCUCAAAGGCCGGGACAAGCUGCCCGAGCUGCUGCAGCUGUUAAAGGAGCACCCAUCAUCUGGCAGGGCUGUUCUCGUCUUCUGCAACAGUGCCAGCACUGUCAACUGGCUGGGCUAUAUCCUGGAUGACCACAGAAUCAGGCACCUGAGGCUGCAGGGACAGAUGUCAGCAGCUGCUAGAGCUGGCAUCUUUGCCUCUUUCCAGAGGGGUGAUGUGUCUGUCCUUGUCUGCACUGACCUUGCCUCGCGGGGUCUGGACACCAGCAGUGUGCAGCUCGUGGUCAACUAUGACUUCCCAGACACCCUGCAGGACUACCUGCACCGUGUGGGGAGAGUUGGACGAGUUGGAAGCAAGGCACCUGGAGCUGUGGUUAGUUUUGUCACCCAUCGGUGGGAUGUGGACCUGGUACGGAAAAUAGAGACUGCAGCCCGGAAAAGGACAGGCCUCCCGGGAAUGGACUCCUCUAUUAAUAAACCUUCACCUAAAGGAGGCUGA